AUGUCAGACAGGAUUCCCAAUGAUUUAAACAGCUUUUCAAAUGAAAGCAGCAAUAAAGAACUAAAGGCCCUGGGCAAAUGCCAACCCUGGAUUAAGUGGCCCUUGCCCGUUGUGUAUCCUUCUAAUUGUCCCUUACUGUCCCACGCCGUGUACGCCUCUCCUCCUCCCCUCGCAGCUGUUCUUGUCACUCUGUCCCCGUCCAGCCCUUCUAAGAGACACAGCAGCUAUGGCAUCCCCGACAGUGGCUCGUCUUGCAGGCAGGUCCCAGCUAGACUCAUCAUACUUUGUCUGUCUCUCUCAAGUGGUCUCUGUGACCAAAUUAUCUACCCUUUCGUCGGAACACUCUUUGUUCACGAGUUGGACACCGAAUAUUUCCAGCACCAAUUUCCGUCCAUUAAGAAUAAUUAUGAUGUGGAUCAGAUUGAUUCUAUGACUUUUCGUGCUAACUUGGAAGGAUUCCCAGAUCUGCCUCGAUGGUUGCGUUACACCCAGCGAUCCCCUACUCACAAAGCUUAUCUUUAUGGCUCCCCAACUGAGACAGGGAAACAAGUAAUAGAGGUGACAGCCUAUAAUCGCCAGACAUUCGAGACUGUAAAACAAAGGUUUAUUUUUAACAUUCUUCCUUCACCUGCAUUGCAGACUCCAUACCAGGCGGAAUUUUUGAUUGCCAACUUGGACGUGGAAGAGAUGCUACCUCCAGAAGCUCAGCUUGAUUUCCAGGCUCCACUGCAGGCCGUGUGGGGUGCCCAACGAACGACCAUCCUUAACAUAACGUCUGCACUAGACAAAGGUGGGCGAGUACCACUACCACUGCCAGGAUAUAAAGAGGGGGUUUUUAUUAAGUUGGGCUCUGAUGUACCCUUCUCAGAUUGCCUCCUGGAGUCCCUGGCAAUUGAAGCUCGACAGUUGUGUCAGAAGAGGGGCCAGCCAAUUCUGUCAUGUAAUGACCAGUUUGCAAAUCGAUUCCAAAUAGACUGGUGCAAUACCAGUCUGAUAUACUAUUCAGCACCUCCCCCUACACAGCCUCCUCAGCUGUAUUCCGGGAUCAUGGAUGACGAAAGCGAGUUUAAUCCUCCCUCAGAGACCCUGGAGGAAACCUAUUACCUGACCGAUUACCUGCUUACCCUGCUGCUUCCUACCCUUAUUGCUCUGCUCCUCUGUGCAUUACUUAGCUACAUCAUGUGCUGCCGCAGGGAGGGGAUAGAGAAAAGAGAUGGCGAAACGUCUGCUAUUCAACUAGUUCACCAGCAGUCCAUCUUUUCCAACACGGAGGAGCUACGACACAUGGCAGGAAACCGGGAUGUCCCGCGUCCUCUCUCCACUCUUCCCAUGUUCAAUGUCCGAACAGGAGAAAGAGCAUCUCCCCGUCAACUGCAUGACGAUAGCGCACGUGUACCUCUUAUCUUGUCACAACAUUAAAUGUCCCUUACUUUCCACAUUCCUGUGGGAUUGGGACAAUAAGGCAAUGAUAUAUGUUCCCAAUGCUAAGGGCUGGCAAGAUGCUCAGUAUGGCAAUGGCUCUAAAUCCCAAGGACUGAAGGAGAGAAUUACUUUAUUACACUGUUUGAAUCUUAUAUUACUAAUAAAAAGUUAUUGAAUCAACGGAA